ACUGAUAGUUGCCAGUUGUUUUGAUCAAGAUGUCUAAUACACCAUUAGAAAAUAGAAUAUUAGAUUUACAGGCUAGGUUGAAAGCAGAAAACGAAGCGAGAAAUAGAGACAAAAUGCCUGCUGACUUGGGGAACGUGACGGAGAGUCCGAGGCAAGGAUCAGGACGUAGACCUCGAGCAUUGGGCGAGGUGACAGCACCUGCAAGACCAAGAGGAAAACUUGACCUCCCUGUUGGAUAUAUGGCACAGCAGAGGAAUCAGAAUCAGGAAAUAGACAAUAAAUUAAAGGAAAUUAUGAAAAUGAACGGCAUUCUAAACAUCAACGGCAAGAGGUAUGAAACUGAUCUGAAAGACCUUGAACACCUGGGUGAACUUGGUAAUGGAACAUAUGGACAUGUUGUGAAAAUGCUUCAUAAACCAAGCCAAACAGUCAUAGCAGUAAAGCAAAUGAGAAGAUCAGGCAAUAGCGAAGAAAAUAAACGAAUAAUAAUGGAUUUGGAUGUUGUAUUAAAAUCUCAUGAUUGUCCAUUUAUUGUCCAAUGCUUGGGAUGCUACAUUACUGAAUCUGAUGUGUGGAUAUAUAUGGAACUUAUGGCAACAUGUUUUGAUAAACUUUUGAAAAGGCUUCACGAAGCUAUACCAGAAGACAUUUUGGGAAAAGUUACAUGUGCAACAGUCAAGGCACUACACUACCUGAAAGAGACACAUGGUGUUAUUCACCGUGAUGUCAAACCUUCCAACAUAUUGCUGGAUGAGAAAGGAAAUGUUAAACUCUGUGAUUUUGGAAUAUCUGGACGCUUAGUUGACUCUAAGGCUAAAACAAGAAGUGCGGGCUGUGCUGCAUAUAUGGCACCUGAACGGAUAGAUCCACCAGAUCCCACAAAGCCAGAUUAUGAUAUUCGAGCAGAUGUGUGGAGUUUAGGAAUAACACUCGUGGAAUUAGCGACUGGAACAUUUCCUUACAGAGACUGUAAAAAUGAUUUUGAAGUACUUUCAAAAGUAUUACAGGAUGAACCACCAUCUCUUCCUGUAGACAAAGCCUUCAGUGAAGAAUUUCGUGAGUUUGUUAAAAGCUGCUUAACGAAAAAUUAUAAAAACAGACCGAAGUAUAAGAAAUUGUUGGAACAUCCUUUCCUGAAAAAAUACGAGGUUGCUCAAGUAAAUGUAGCUGCUUGGUUUGCAUUAGCAAUGCAACAGUGCAGUUCUAAUUCUCCAGUUAGAAGAUUCACGCCACCACCACCGUCACCAUCGGCCCGCCGCCACCCUCCAUUGCAUCAUGCACAUCAUAGGUCAUUAUCAGAGACUGUAAAGCAACCCAAUGGUAGUACUGUACACAGGCUAUCAGAUGCAAAUUCAAGACUGGGCUGUGAUACAACGGAUAAUGGUGCACAGGGAUUCUGGAAGACACCAAGUGAUACAGAGUGGGAUGAGAACAGAGUUGUCGGGAGCGGUUUUCUUGGAUCACCUGUUCCUGGUCGGAAACGUUUCCCUUCUGAACCACCUCAGCAGCAGUACUGUUCACCAAGCCCUUUGGCAUUGCAAAGGUUUUACCAACAACAUAUGCCUCUUCAAAAUCACCAUCAUCAGGUGAAUAGCUAUCCCACUAUGCAGCCAGCCUUAGCACCUCAUCAACUUAAUAUGGAAGCCGCAGAUGACAGUUCGAAAUUGGACGAUUCCAAUGGCUCAAGUGGGGUUGUGAAGAAACGUUUUGCGUCAUAUUUGAAGUUUCACUUAGGAGGUAGUGAAUCACGAAGAAAUUUGCCCCCACCAAGACUUUCUCGGAACAUUUCACCAAGUCCAGGUGCAGCUUCUGUUCGACAGUAUUCUCCCGCCAGACAGUCCCCGGAGCCACCACCACGGUUGAGUAGGAUAUCAGCAAACAGUUUAGACGGAGGUGCAGCGGGAUCAUCGCCACUUACAGUAAGACGUGGCUUAUUGGAUGUGUCCCCAGUAAGAAGAAGCUUUGCCGAAGGCUCACCUUCUCUUUGUAGAAGGUAUAUAUCACCAUCACCUCCUCAGCCUCCUCCUAGAAGAUUGUCAGAGAGUACAUCAGUUCCUGGAUCUCCACAACACAGGCGGGUGGAGCAUUUUCGAGCACGUUUCCAGUACACCCCUGAACCUCAACGACGAGUACUGGAGGACCUGUAGAAAAAAUUCAUUUCUUGAAGACAGUACAAUCAAGCAGUUGGAUUAGAGUUCCAAUUGCCAUGGGAUAGUGCACUUGGCUAAUGUGUUUGCUUAGCCCAGUAAUUUCCCUUUCUGUAAACUGCGUAAAGAACAUUUGUUGGAGUGUACCAUGGAAUGACUUUUAUAUGUGUUUAUAUUGAUUAUUGCAAGUUGUUAUAAUGAUUAUUGAAAGUUGUUAUAACUCUUCAGUGAAAGCAGUUGUUCAUGUAACAAUUUUAAAUGAUAGUUAGAGAAACAUUAAGGCGAGACUGUCUAUUGUGUUUGGCUGUGCAUAAAGCUCCAGUGAUUAUUUAGGAGAGUAUGCCAGAGCUGCUCCUGCUAAAUGUUAUAAAACUAUUUUUGAUGAGAGGCUUCAGCAGAUUCUGCAUACUGAUUCAUUAUUUGUGUACCAAAGAAAAUAUGUUAUUGCUGUUUAAUGCACAUGACUAGUAUGCUUGAACAGUUCUGACAUAAAACAUGUAGCAAUGGAAGAUGAUAUGGCAAUCCUUUUAUUUUAUUUCAUACAGUACACUGUUACAAUAGAUUUUGGAUUUUUUAAAAUAAUUUGGCCAACUUUAAAUUCGGUACAAUUAAUAUGUUACAGAACAAAGAAUGUUUUUGCAAGUCAUAAAUAAGAGAAGGCACAUUUAGAUGUCCAAAAGUAAAGCUUAAUUGGUAUAUUGUGUUUUGAAGUAUCGUCAAAAUGUUUUAAUAACUCUUUUGAAGUAAUUGUUUUCUUUUGUGGUGUUUGAGUUUCUUACAUUUUGUAUUGAAAUUCGAAAUUGAGUUUUUGCAGUUGAUAAUAUAACGAAAUGUGUGUUUAACACUAUCUGUGCUUAAAUUUUUGCAUUUUUAUAUUCAACACAUGAAAUAUGCUGACAGAACUUGAGGAGAUGGAAGAAAAUGAAUUGCAAAAUUGUCGCAAGAAUUAAGUCCUAAGAUGUUAAUUAUGUGUUAUUUUAUUAGAGCUACAGGUAUUACAACUUACGAAAGCAUGCAUACUAAGAAACAUUACUCCAAGAAACUAAAUACCAAAAUUGUAUCAUUAACUUUGUGCUACAUUAUGAUGUCAUGUUAUAAGCUCAGGGAGACCGAGUGGCAUUAAUGCAUUUUGUUUUACAUUUUAUGAUUUUUUUUAAAAUUUCAAUUUGAAAUACAUAACAAUACAAAAUAAUAAAAUAGGGUAUAUUUAAAUAAAUGUCAUUGGCAUUUACAGUUUCCCUCUUACAUGUUUUAUUCUUGUUGUGAUGUAUUCUUUAUUAUUAAGAGAUCAGUGGAACCAAUGUGAUAUUUGUGGUAGAACAACCAGUAAAAUCUUACAUUUGGAAUUGUAUACAUGCACUAUAAAAUGACAUUCAACAUUCUUCUUCACAAACAUUCUUUUGUUCUGGUUGUUACAUCCAAAUUAAUUCAUGAAUCAACUAUUGCUUCAUUAAAUUCCUCUUUUACAUCAUUGUGUUCCACAUUGCCUUCUCUUAGUGAGAAACAGCAAUUUUCUUUUCAUCAUCACUAAAUUUUGCUGCUCAGGGUGGCAAAGAAUAACUGAGACUCAGAACAGAGUAUAGAAAAAGGCCGUAAACUUGAUCAAAUUCUGUGCAUACCAGUCAGCAACACUGCCUGCAUUGAAGACACACAUUCAACAUUGUUAUCACAAGUUAUAUGUCUGUGGUAAUGAUUCAGCCACUGUAUAAGGAAACAUGUUUGUUUGUUUGUUUAUUUAUUUGCAUAUUCUUUGCGUGGUGCCAUCACAGUGAUAGCUUUUGCAAAUGUCAUGACUACAUAGAAAAAUGUGAUACUUAUGACAACCAUUUUUAAUUUCGGGAAUACACAUGUGUGUUUAUGAUUAAAACCAUGUAAAACAGAUAUUUGGUAAAAAAUAUUGACAAUAACAUUCAAACUUGUGAAUCUGGAUAUAGCAUUUUUAUAGCCACAAAAUUACAGUAAAAAGUUUAGAGGUUAUCAACACUGCAUGGUUUUUCUGUUUUAUUAUACACUCAUAUAUUUGAGUAGCAUUAUUAACAGUAAUAUUAAUCUUCUUUGAUCUUAAUGGAGAUUAUGGACACAUGGCAAAUUAUUUUAAAGUCAGUAAGUUGCCCAUUAAAAUACUUUGACUGUGCUGAAAAAUAUCUGGUAAUCAUUUCAUGCAACAUUGUCAUGCAGGACAGAAUGUUGGGGAGAGGGGAAUUAAGAUACCAAAAUUCACUGGAUUAAGCUGAUUAAAGGCAGAAUUAAUUAAAGGUAGCUAGUUGUACAAGAUAUUCUCUGUGAAGUCACUGUACUUUUAAAACAAGAAUUUUGGUAAAUAUUUCUCAGUUGGUUUCACUAGAUCAGUCUUCUUGAUAAUAUGACAUUAUGGCAUAUUAUUUAUUUUUAUCCAUUAUUGACUUGCUUGAGGACUGCUCCCAUGUAGAUGAAAUUUUAAAACAUUGUUUUUUCAAACUGCUUAAUAAACCUAAAACACUCAAUUUCAGAUACUGCAAUAUUUACACAAAUCUUGGUACAUUCUUGAAGUUAUAAUUUGAACAUAAAUUUAAAAAAUGACCUUUUUCUAUUUAAAGUAAAAAAUUACUUGGUUGUUAUUUUUUUAGUUCUUAACAGUAAAAAAAAAAAAAAAGAGUGUACAUGGUCCGUGGAACAAUAGCAUACGGUAGCUAAGAAAAUUUCUUUGACAAUGAGAGCUUUAGGCUGUAUUGUUGAAUUAUAUUUAUAGAUUGAAAAUGUAAUUUAACUCUAAUAAUACUCAUGAGAGAAGUAUCUGAUAAUCUGUGUUCAAUGAAGGCUAAGACUUGCUUGAUACAAUUAAUUAUUCAAAAUCUGGUUGGUAACGUGUCCAGAUUUGUUCAAAGAAAACUUGUGAGAUGGUUCCUGUGAAGACAUUAUAAUGUUUUGAAUCAAUUAAGGAGGUUAAACUCCAGUAAUACAGUGUGACUAAAAGAAAUUUUCUGACUGCGUAACUUUUGAAUUCUCUGGGAGCUGCAGUAAAAACCAUAAUUACUUAUCCUUCUGUAAUGAAUGAAGUCUCUGUUUCUCUGUGCAUAUUAGGUUAUGCAGUAUGCUUUAAGCAAUAUUCCUUUCUUUAAUAGAACUGGCAUUAGUGGGGAACUGACUUCACUUAUUGAGGAAAAAGUAAGUCAGAGAGAGAUUAUGAGCCUAACAUUUAAUGUUAGUUUUUGUCAUUUCUUUUUCUGGGAAAGAAUGAGAUGAAACCUUGUAUGAUUAUACCAACUGAGAGCCUUUAAAUCAUUGUAUAUACGCUUGAUUGUUAUGUGACAAAUAGUACAAUGAAUAACCAAAUAUUAUUUUUUGCUCAGUCAUU